AUGGCGAGACGAUCGUCUUCUUCUCGGAUUAUCUCGCCGCUCUCCGUCUUCUUCAUCCCCCGAGGGGAUAUGCGCUUAUACCUAAUCGCUCUCAUCUCCGUCGUCUCCGUCCUCCUGCACCACCUCGCCGUCGCCUCCGCCUCCGAGCCUCGCCACUUCGAGGGUUUCGACGCCGAUGAAGUUGACGAGCUUCUCGAUCAGAACGACGCUUCAAUUUCCGAUCUCGAGCUACCUCCUCCGCCGACCACUACUCUCUCCGUCUCUGACCCCGCCGAAUCUCACCAUGGUCCUCCCGUGUCCAAUCCGGAUACUCCGAUCACGUCUCAGCCGUCAUCCGAUCAGAAACCCUCGUCCUCGUCGACUUCCUUUGAUUACUGGGACGAGGAUGAAUUCGAAGGGAUUCCGCAGCACGUGCCGCCCGAAUCUCCUGUAGUUACUGAAACUGUUACUUCUCCGGACUCAGAUCCGAGUUUGGAAGCGGAAGCUGAAUCGGAGCCGGCCGUCAAAAUCGCCAAGCCGUUGUCGUCUUACACAGUGGAGAUUGUGUGCGUUUCGUUUUUGAUUGUGUUCGUUAUUAAUUAUUUCACGGGGAAGAGAGAAAACGAGAAUAUUGCACUUGCUUGGGCCACUAAAUUUGCUACCAAGGACACGAUAUUCGAUAAAAAUUUCAGUUUAUUGGGCGUCGGAGAGACCGAUGACUCUCCGUUGUUGCUGAAAGAAGGGCAGAAUGUGUUCAAAUUCUAUGCAAGCGGCCGGAGAUAUUGCCAGGGACUGCUAGCUACUAUGGAGCUUAAGAGCAGGCAUGAUUUGAUCUCCAGGUUGUAUAAUAUGGUGGUCCCUUGCAAGGACGAGAUAACUUUCGAGGUGUAUAUGAAUGAUGAUUCCAUGGAUCAGGUGGUGCUUGCUGUGGCAAGGAAGAAAUUAGCCAAAUCAAUGCAGAAGGAGUUAAGGGAUCUGCAGAGAUUUGCUGGAUUGAUGGCACCUCCCAGUGGGAGGAAGUGGGUGACCGACGAGUUUACAGUGGUUUCUGAAUCAAAGGAGGUGGCUGGGGAUAUGAUUACCGAGGUUGUUCUUGAGCAGGUUUUUGGUGAAAAGGCAUUUGAGAAAUUUGGGAAGGGUUUCAUCUCAAUGCACUUCUCUGAUCAGCAUGUGGGCUCACAUAAGAAGAUGUUGGUAUUUAAGUUUGCUCUCCCCAAUGCUAAUAACAUGGCUGACAUGACUCGGCUGGUUGCUCUUAUACCGUAUUACAUUGACUUGGUUGGAAAAUACAAGCUGAGCCCACACGCUCGUUCAAAAACAGAUGCAACACGGACGAAGAUUGCACAAGACUUGUAUAAAGAACUUCAAAAUGCUAGGCAAGAAGCUAUGCAAAGGAAGAAGGCUGAGCAGCGAAAGAAGCUGGAAGAGGCUGAAGCUAAGCUAAGCGCCGAGGCUCUUCGCAAGAAAGACGCUAAAGAUCGCGCUCGUCAGCUGAAGAAGUCCAUGCCAAAGAUAAAGAUGACCCGUGCUCAUUAGAUCUGGAGUUCCUUCCAUAUGGUGCAUCUCUUAAUUUACUAUUUAAGUCAUCUGUGUGAUCUGUCAUCAAAGUUCCACCAUUUUGCCAUGGGAUUACUUCAUCAUUUAGGCCUAGAAGACCUGCUCUAAUCUUAAAUCUCAAUGAUUUUGUACCCCUAGUUAUAUUUGCUAAAGGCAGUCUUGAACAUUUGACAAACUUGGUAGCAAAUAAACAGUUACAGGUCUGUUACCUUAACACUUCAAUCGUCUUCCGGUAAACACUUGUCUAAUUCUCUAAUC